UGAAUCAAAACAAAUCAUCAAAACACACCUGAGAUGACGAUUUAAUUUUGUUGUUGUUGUUGUCUUCACUGUUGUAUAUUUUGGAAAUCAAUUAGCCUUCCACCAAGAAGAAAUUGCUGCCAUUAUUUGUGUGUUUCGAAUCAUGAACAACCAAUAACGACUAGUCAAAAUUUUUUUUUGUUUUUCGUUAAAGAUUUAUCUUUGUUUUUUUUCAUUUAUUCCUGGAUCAUCUGGUACAACAAAAUGGACCUGUAUUCAACAUUGAACUCUUUAGCGCCAAAAAUAUCGUAUUUGAAUCGAGAUUUUAAUCACCAUCAUGAUCACGAUCAAUCAAUUGAUGAAAAUCCAAAAGAUUUUCCACCUACAGAAGAUCCUGUUUAUAUAUUGGGCAAAAAAUAUAGUUCUUUAUAUGAAUUAAACGAAAUUCGUUCAGAUGUUCGAUCGAAUAUAUGGAUGACAUAUCGACGAAAUUUCCCGCCAAUUGGUGAUACAAAUUUUACAUCCGAUAGUGGUUGGGGUUGUAUGCUUCGUUGUGGUCAAAUGGUUUUGGCACGUGCAUUCAUUAAUCUUUAUUUGGGUCGUAAUUGGCAUUGGAAUUAUACGAAUCUUGAAUCGAUUAAACAAUUAUUACAGGAUGAUAAUGAAACGGAAUUGAAAAAAUAUCUUAUCUAUAAAAAUAUAUUGAAAAUGUUUACCGAUCAAAAAACAUCAUCAUAUUCGAUACAUCAGAUUGCAUUGAUGGGUGUUUGUGAAGGAAAAAAUGUUGGCCAAUGGUUUGGACCAAAUACAAUUGCACAGGUUUUGAGAAAAUUAUCAUUAUUUGAUAAAAUGAGCGAUGUAUUCAUCUAUGUUGCAAUGGAUAAUAUUGUCUUUCUUGAUGAUAUUAAAAAAUCUUGUAAAAUUAAUGAUGAUGAUGAUGAUGAUGAUGAAACAAAGUGCCAAGAGAUAACUUCAAAAUGGAAGCCAUUAAUACUUUUCAUUCCUCUUCGAUUAGGUUUAACCGAAAUCAAUCCGGUCUAUUUUCGUGCUUUAAAAACAACAUUUACAUUUCCACAAACAUUAGGCAUACUUGGUGGCCGUCCUAAUCAUGCCCUUUAUUUUAUUGGCUGUUGUGGUGAUGAUCUUAUUUAUCUUGAUCCACAUACAACACAGCCUAAUGUCAAUAUAGUUGCUCAAGAUCGUGAAUAUUUGGAACAAAUAUUGAAUGAAGAAAUACAAAAUGAUUUACUAUUGGAUAUAUCAUCAAACAAUGAUCAAUGUAUAACAUCAUUAUCUCAACAAUCUACUGAUGAUAUUUCCUAUCAUUGUGAACGACCAUAUCGUAUGUCAAUAUCAUUAUUAGAUCCAUCAUUAUCAUUAUGUUUUUUCUGUAAAAAUGAAGAAGAAUUUAAUCAUUGGACAAGAUUAACAAUGGAAAAAUUAUUUCAUGAACAAACACAACCAUUAUUUGAAAUAAUGCAAACACGUCCACGUGAAUGGCAGAAUAAUGAUGAUGAUGAUAAUGAUUUAGAAUUUAUUGCUUCAUCAUCAUCAUCAUCAAAAUUAAUUAAUCAAUCUUUUGUACACAAAAACAUACCAAAUGACCUUGCGCAACAAACAUCUGAUGUUGAUGAUAAUGUUGAUGAUGAUGAAGAAUUUGAAAUAAUUUAAAAAAUUUUAGCCACUUUUUUUUCAACAAUAAAUUUUUUUUAAAUAAAAAUUUUUUAAAAAAUUCAAAAAGGGUUAAAUUGAAUGACAUUUGUGUAAUGGUUGUUUGCAUGCAAAAACA